AUGUCCCUCGCUCUCUCUAUUUGCUUGGCUUUCCUUUUCUCUCUUUGCCAUGGUUCUCAUAGCUUACCUGCACUACGAACUCCUCAUCUUGAUGCGCCUCUUCCAAAUGGAAACUUUGAGCAAGUUCCUAACAAAUCGAACAUGAGAAAGAGGCAAAUAAUCGGAAAAUACUCUCUUCCUCAUUGGGAAAUCUCCGGCCACGUCGAGCUAGUCUCCGGUGGUCCACAGCCAGGAGGUUUCUACUUUGCGGUGCCACGAGGAGUCCAUGCAGCUAGGCUAGGGAACUUAGCGUCGAUAUCUCAGUAUGUGAAAGUGAAGCGUGGCUUGGUCUAUUCUAUAACGUUUGGGGUCACGAGGACUUGUGCUCAGGAUGAGAACAUACGAAUCUCUGUGCCCGGUCAGACCAAUGAGCUCCCGAUCCAAACCCUGUUCAGUACUAAUGGUGGAGACACUUACGCUUGGGCUUUCAAGGCAACGUCUGAUUUGGUCAAGGUCACUUUUCAUAACCCUGGUGUUCAAGAAGACCCUUCUUGUGGUCCCCUCGUUGACGCUGUUGCCAUCAAAGAGAUUCUCCCUCUUCGGUAUACCAAAGGUAACCUUGUGAAGAACGGUGGAUUCGAGAUCGGUCCACAUGUAUUCAACUACUUCUCUACCGGAAUCUUAAUCCCAGCCAAGAUACAAGAUCUGAUCUCACCGCUUCCGGGAUGGAUCGUCGAAUCUCUAAAACCGGUCAAGUACAUCGAUAACCAUCACUUCAAAGUCCCGUCAGGACUCGCCGCAGUCGAGCUCGUCGCCGGGAGAGAAAGCGCCAUCGCUCAGAUCAUCCGUACCGUCGCCGGUAGAAACUACAUCCUCUCGUUCGCGAUCGGAGACGCACACAAUGGUUGUCAUGGGUCGAUGAUGGUGGAGGCGUUUGCGGGAAAGUCGGCGUUUAAGCUUCGGUUUGAAUCUAACGGAAAAGGAGCGUUCAAAGCGGGGCGUUUUGGGUUUCGCGCCGAUUCUAACCGUACGAGGAUAACGUUCUACAGUGGGUUUUAUCAUACCAAGCUUCAUGAUUUUGGACACCUUUGUGGGCCUGUGCUUGACAAUGUUAGGGUUGUCCUGGCCCGUUAA